AUGGAAAUGCAAAUGGAAAUGCUUCAGCGGCCACGAUGGCCAGGGGCAAGAGAUGGCGACGACGCCUAUGAAGCAGCGGGAGGGGGUGAAGCCGGCAGCCGCCACCGGCGUCGGGACCCGCGGCUCAAGGAGCUGGGCAUCUCGUGCAUGCUCAACACGGAGGUGGGCGCCGUCCUCGCUGUGAUCCGGCGCCCCCCGGAUCCCAUCUCCGGCUUCCUCCCCGGCGGCGCAGACGAGGGAGCCAACCCCCAGCUCCUCCAAUCCCUCAAGUCCCUCCGCUCCCUCAUCUUCCACCCUCAACACAGCGAAUGGCGCUCCACCGAGCCCUCCAUCUACCUCUCCCCCUUCUUGGACGUCAUCCAGAGCGACGAGAUCCCCGCCGCCGCCACCGGCGUCGCCCUCUCCGCCGUCCUCAAGAUCCUCCGCCUCAACGUCUUCGAGGAGCGCACCCCCGGCGCCCGCGAGGCCAUCCACUCCGUCGUGUUCGCCGUCACCAACUGCCGGCUGGAGCGCACGGAGCAGGCCGCCGAGGACGCCGUCCUCAUGCGCAUCCUCCAGGUGCUGGUAGCCAUCGUGCGGUCUCGCGUCUCCGUCCUCCUCACCGACCACGCCGUCUGCACCAUCGUCAACACCUGCUUCCAGGUGGUCCAGCAGUCGGUCCACCGAGGGGACCUCCUCCAGAGGAGCGCCCGCCAUGCCAUGCACGAGCUCAUCCAGGCCAUCUUCUCCCGCCUCCCGGAGAUCAAGGUGCCCGAGACCGCCGACCGCGCUUCUCAAGCCGCCGCCGCCGCCGACAGCGACACCCCCAUCUCCGGGUACGGGGCGCGCUGCAUGGUCGACAUCUUCCACUUCCUCUGCUCGCUGCUUAACGUCGGCGAGGUCGUCGAUUCUGCUGAGGGGAUCGGCUCCAUCAGCUCCGACGAGGACGUUCAGCUCUUCGCGCUCGUCCUCAUCAAUUCCGCGGUGGAAUUGGGCGGCGAGGCGAUCGGGAAGCACCCCAAGCUCCUCCGAAUGGUCCAGGAUGAUCUCUUCCACCAUCUCAUCCACUACGCCGCGUGCUCGAGCCCGCUCGUUCUUUCCAUGAUCUGCAGCGCAGUCUUGAAUCUCUAUCACUUCUGCCGUCGGUGCCUCAGGCUCCAACUCGAAGCAUUCUUCACCUACGUGCUCUUAAGAAUUGCGGCAGGAGGGAGCGGAGUGCAGCUCCAGGAAGUCGCGAUCGAGGGGAUCCUGGGCUUCUGCCGGCAGCCGACCUUUGCGAUCGAAAUGUACGUCAACUACGACUGCGACCCGAUCCGGCGCAACGUGUUCGAAGAGAUCGGCAAAUUGCUCUGCAAGACCGCAUUCCCUGCGACCAACCCCAUGUCCCCGAUGCAGGUCCAGGCCUUCGAGGGCCUCGUCACCGUCAUCACCACCAUCGCCGACAGCAUCGAGGUCGAGCAAGUUCCCGACCGGGAGUCCUACAGCGCCGACGUCUCCGAUUACAAGCCCUUCUGGGUCGAGAGGUGCGACAGCUACGACGACCCCGACACCUGGGUCGAGUUUGUUAGAAUGAGGAAGAUGAAGAAGAAGAAGGUCAUGAUCGCCGCCAACCACUACAACCGGGACGAGAAGAAAGGUCUGGAUUUCUUGAACAUCUGCCAUUUGGUACCGACUCCGCCGGACCCCAAGUGCCUGGCCUACUUCUUCCGGUAUACGCCGGGCUUGGACAAGAACAGGAUCGGGGACUUCCUAGGCGACCCCGACGAGUUCAACCUCCGAGCGCUGAAAGAAUUCACUGAGACGUUUGAUUUCUCCGGCGCGAUCCUCGACACCGCCCUCCGGACCUACCUUGAGACAUUCCGGCUUCCUGGAGAGUCUCAGAAGAUACAGAGGAUCCUCGAGGCGUUCUCCGAGAGGUUUUACGAGCAGCAGUCCUCGGAGAUCUUCGUGAGCAAGGACGCAGUGUUCAUCCUCUGCUACUCCCUCAUCAUGCUCAAUACCGACCAGCACAACCCCCAGGUGAAGAAGAAGAUGACCGAGGAGGAGUUCAUAAGGAACAACAGAGCCAUCAACGGAGGGAUGGACCUCCCCAGAGAGUACCUCUCCGAGCUCUUCCAUUCCAUCUCCACCAACGCGAUCACACUCUUCGGCCCGACCGGUUUGCCCACCGAGCUCAGCUCGAACCAGUGGGCCGACCUCAUCAAGAGAUCGAGAGUCGUGGAGCCCUUCAUCAUCUGCGACUUCAGCCAUAAGCUGGGCCGCGACCUGUUCGCCGCCAUAUCAGGACCCUCGGUCGCCACGCUUGCCGCCAUCUUCGAGCACACCGACGACGAGGAGAUACUGCAGGAGUGCGUCGAAGGGCUGAUAUCCAUCGCAACAAUUGCAAGAUACGGAUUGGAAGACAUCCUCGACGAGCUCCUCUCUUGCUUCUGCAAGUUCACCACUCUGCUAAACCCUUACGCCACGGCCGAGGAGACCCUGUUCGCAUUCAGCAAUGAGCUGAAGCCGAGAAUGGCCACGGUGGCCCUCUUCACCAUCGCGAACAAGUUCGGGGACUCGGUGCGGGGGGCGUGGAGGAACAUCGUGGAUUGCAUGCUCAAGCUCAAGCGGUUGAAGCUACUGCCUCAGUCCGUGAUCGAGCCCGAGAACUCUCCAUCGUCGGACCUCGGAUUCACCCAGCACGCAAAGUCGGAAUCCGGCGUGAUCUUCCCCUCAUCCCACCUCGGGUUUGGCAGCCGCCGCCAGGUCUCGGGAUUGAUCGGGCGGCUCUCGCAGUUGCUAUCGCUGGAUAGCGGGGGGGAUUCGAUGCUCAACUGCGGGAGCGAGUUUGAGAACAACUCGAAGAUAAUUCAGCAGUGUCGCAUCGGGAAUAUUUUCAGCGAGAGCUCCAGGUUGCCCGAUGAAUCGCUGCAGAACCUUGGCCGGGCUCUCAUGUUCGCAGCAGCAGGGCGAGGCCAGAAAUUCAGCACUCCGGUCGAAGAGGAAGAGACCGUCGGAUUCUGUUGGGAUCUCCUGGUCAUGAUUUCGACGAUCAACAUUCAGAGGUUCGCAGCAUUCUGGCCUCAGUUCCAUGACUGCGUCACCGUCAUGUCGCAGCUCCCUCUCUUCUCGCCUUGCCCGUUUGCCGAGAAGGCCAUCGUUGGGCUCUUCAAGAUCGCGCUCGAGCUCUUCUCAUCUCCCCCGCAUGUCGACAAGCUCCCCGAGGAGCUCGUUUUCAGGUCCAUCAACCUGAUGUGGAAGCUCGACAAGGAAAUUCUCGACACAUGCUGCGAGAGCAUCGUCGAGGGCACGGCUCGGAUCCUGAACGAACAUGCGAAGAACGUCCAGACUAUGAUCGGGUGGAAGACGCUCCUCCACCUACUCUCCGUCACAGGCCGGCACCCCGAGACAUUUGAUCAGGGGGUGGAGGCUCUCAUGAAACUGAUGUGCGAGGGAACCCAUGUCACAAGGUUCAAUUAUCCCUACUGCAUCGAGGCCGCAUUUGGAUACGCGGCGCUAAAGAUCAGCCCGCUGGAGAAGAGCUCCAAGAUUCUAGACUUAAUGGGAGACUCUGUGAAUUGGCUGAUCCAGUGGCAUAAAUCGGGUUACUCCGACCCGGGGAGCACGAAUAGCAGCUCGUUCAUGGAAGACGGCCAGAAGACGGGUGCUGGCGCUGGCAACCUCGGGGCCAAUCUGUUCGUCAAACUGGCCGAGGCGUUGCGCAAGACUAGCUUGGUCCGACGGGAGGAGAUUCGAAACCAGGCAGUAGCGGAGCUAAGGAAGUGCUUCGCAGCCGCCGAGGAAUUGGACUUCACGCCAGCGAACUGCCUUGCUUGCUUCAAUCUUGUGAUCUUUGCUAUGGUGGAUGACCUGCACGAGAAGAUGCUGGAGUACUCGCGAAGGGAGAAUUCGGAGCGGGAGAUGAAGAGCAUGGAGGGGACGCUGAAGGAGGCGAUGGAGCUGCUUGUGGAGGUGUUCCAGCGGUUCAUGGUGCCUUUGUCGCAGAGCCCGGGCUUCCGGACCUUCUGGCUUGGGGUGCUGAGGAGGAUGGACACCUGCAUGAAGGCCGACGCUGGGGGCAUGGGCGACGGGGCGCUGCAGGAGCUCGUGCCUACGCUGCUGAAGAAGAUGAUAACCGAGAUGAAGCACAAAGAGAUUUUGGUGCAGAGAGACGGGGAUGAGCUUUGGGAGAUAACAAACAUUCAGAUACAAUGGAUUGCUCCUUCGGUGAAGGAGGAGCUGUUCCCUGAGGAGUUUUGAAUCGUCCUGGACUUGGGGAGGGGAAGGCGAGGGAAGAGGGCAUCAUUGUAGUUCAUUGGAAGUAUAGGGGCAGAUGGUAAGGAGAGUAAUAGGCCUUUGCGUAUAAGAUGUUUUGACUUUUUCCUGGUCUUCACUUUUUUGUUGCUGUUGUUGUAAUUCUACUUAAAAAAAAGGUUUUUCCUCCUCUCUUGAUUAUAGAGGGGCGCAAUAGAAAGGGUAGUUCUAUAUA